ACCCUUCUGAAACUAAUAAUGGGUCUGCUAAGCCCUAGCUCGGGUGACCAACACACGCAUCGAGCCAUUAAGUUCGGUUACUUCAGUCAGCAUCAUGUCGACCAACUGGCUAUGGGUGUAAGCAGUGUAGAGUUGCUACAGCAGAGCUAUCCAGGCAAACCGGUUGAAGAAUACCGGCGCCAGUUGGGCUCGUUCGGGGUGAGCGGCGACCUGGCUCUGCAGACGGUCGGCAGUCUGUCCGGAGGCCAGAAGUCACGUGUGGCAUUCGCCCGUAUGUGCAUGGCGUCCCCCAACUUUCUAGUGCUUGACGAGCCUACCAACCAUUUGGAUAUUGAGACCAUAGAGGCAUUGGGAAAGGCUAUUAACAAGUAUAAUGGAGGUGUAAUCCUGGUCUCCCACGACGAGCGACUGAUCAGGAUGGUCUGCAAGGAGCUGUGGGUGUGUGGAGGGGGCACAGUGACCUCCAUAGAGGGCGGCUUCGACGAGUAUCGACGCAUCGUGGAGAGGGAGUUGGCCGAAACAAACAAGUGAUAGCAACACAGGUAUCCAUACUACAACAGACUCAAACUGGCAGCGAGUGUGCGUGCGUGCGAUACAUACUGGCCUCUCAUUGGCUGGACUAGUUUGGCUAGCUGUGCUCUCAUUGGUCGAUCUAGUUUGGCCAUCUGUGCUGUGAUUGGCUGGCGAGCAAGCACUAGUGCGCAUGUGCAGAACAUCUCAUUGAAUAAACCAAUUCAGUGUACGUGUCUUCGAAAUAAUUAUUUAUUAAUGAUAUUUUUGGUAAUAUUAAUAAUAAUAAUAAUGGACCCAGACCUGAGCCAACCAGGUCACUCGAUAUUAUUAUUAUUAUUAUCUAUGUGAAUCUGACUAUGGUUACACUGUUGUUGCAAUAAAAUUUUCCCGAUUUUCUUUUUAGAUAAUUUUGAAG